UGACUGCUUAUUUCUCCGGCACAGAAAUGGCGUCGCUUGCUCAUAGACCCCGUUUGACAGAGCACGAGACCGGGCGGAAUUCUGAAUGACGCAUGCCACGCCGUUUCUCCGUCUCCUCUGCGGUUCGAGCUAGACGGCGAAAAGUAGAAAAGGGAGCCGAAUCAAAUCGUCUAUCUCAUCCCUUCCCCACUCCAGUUUUCACCUCUUUCCCGAAGUACCUCACUUCUACCUCAACCUACCACAAUGGCCCGCACAAAGCAAACCGCCCGCAAGUCCACCGGAGGCAAGGCCCCCAGGAAGCAGCUCGCCACCAAGGCUGCCCGCAAGUCGGCCCCCUCGGCCGGCGGUGUCAAGAAGCCCCACCGUUACCGCCCUGGUACGGUCGCUCUCCGCGAGAUUCGUCGCUACCAGAAGUCGACGGAGCUCCUCAUCCGCAAGCUGCCCUUCCAGCGCCUCGUCCGUGAGAUCGCACAGGACUUCAAGACCGACCUCCGCUUCCAGUCGAGCGCCGUCAUGGCCCUCCAGGAGUCGGCCGAGGCCUACCUCGUCUCGCUCUUCGAGGACACCAACCUGGCUGCUAUCCACGCCAAGCGUGUCACCAUCCAGCCCAGGGACAUUGCCCUCGCCAGGAGGCUCCGUGGCGAGCGUGGCAGCUAGACGUCUCGUUCCCCAUUCGAGAUACACUACCACCGCAUACGCUCUUUUUGUUGUACCAUAGUUCUUAGCCCGGCGAACAACCUAUGUCAUAUGGCGUUACCGCUCUUCC